UGCUGGGCGUGGUUUCAGUGACAGCAGGAAGAAGGCUGGUGUGGCCGCGGACUCGAACCUUCAGCAGCCGCUGACUCUCUGCUCCCUUUAGAAAGACGUGGAUGUGAUGGCGCCCAGAGGGAUGAACCUGUGGAGCGUGUGCGGGCUGCUGCUCUAUGUGACCACGGCGGUGUUCGCGGGGAGGGAUUUCUACCAGAUCCUGGGGGUCACUAAGAGCGCCACGGUCCGGGACGUCAAGAAGGCCUACAGAAAGCUGGCCAUGCAGCUGCACCCGGACCGGAACCAGGACGACCCCAAAGCCCAGGACAAGUUCGCGGACCUGGGGGCAGCGUAUGAGGUGCUCUCCGACGAGGAGAAGAGGAAACAGUACGACGCGUAUGGAGAAGACGGACUGAAAGAAGGUCACCACGGUUCACACAACGACAUCUUCUCCAGCUUCUUCGGUGACUUCGGUUUCAUGUUCGGAGGAAACCGGCAGCAACAGGACAGAAACAUCCCCAGAGGAAAUGACAUCAUACUCGACCUGGAGGUCACGCUCGAAGAGGUGUACUCUGGGAAUUUUGUGGAGGUUGUACGAAACAAACCUGUAGCUAAAGAAGCUCCUGGCAAGAGGAAGUGUAACUGCAGACAGGAGAUGAGGACGACGCAGCUCGGGCCCGGACGCUUCCAGAUGACCCAGGAGAUGGUGUGUGACGAGUGUCCCAAUGUAAAGCUGGUGAAUGAAGAGCGAACCCUGGAGGUAGAAAUCGAACAGGGAGUGAGGGAUGAAAUGGAAUAUCCUUUCAUUGGAGAAGGGGAACCUCACAUUGACGGCGAACCUGGAGAUCUACGAUUCCGCAUCAAAGUUUUAAAACAUCCUAUGUUUGAGCGCAGAGGAGACGACCUGUACACCAACGUCACCAUCUCCCUGGUGGAGGCUCUGGUCGGCUUUGAGAUGGACAUUAAACAUUUGGACGGACACAAGGUCCACAUAGUCAGAGACAAAAUCACGAAACCCGGCGCCCGGAUGUGGAAGAAAGGAGAAGGUCUUCCCAACUUCGACAACAUCAACAUCCGAGGUUCCCUCAUCAUCUCCUUCGAUGUGGAGUUCCCUCAGACGCAGCUCGACGAGCAGCAGAAGGACGGUAUACGCGGCCUUCUGAAGCAGGGCUCUGUACAGAAGGUUUACAAUGGACUACAAGGAUACUAACAACACACACAGCCUGGACUGACACACACACACACAAACACACAC